CCAGCCCCUUGAUCAUCUUUGUAGCCUUCCUUUUCUCCUCAAACACUGCAGUGCUGCGUUAGUGCUGGAGAAGUGGAAAGCACAAUUCACCCAUCCAGAGUUUCCCAAGCCACAUUCCCGGUGCUGGGCCAGGUGGAUCACAGGCGCCAGCCCAGUGUGGUGGCUCACCCAGUACCAGUGAGGCAGCAGCACUGGGUGCAGGCAGGCACUGACAGGCAGGGCCAGGUCGGGUCAUCUCCCUGCCCUGCAGCCUCCUUCCCUGCUGGAACUGGGCGUGGAAUGUGGGGCUGGAGAAGCGGGAUAGUGUUGGACUCCGGCUGGGAAGUGCGUUGUUGUAUGGGCUCAACAGGAUCUCAUAGCACGACCCUGGGGAUCGUUCUUUGGGAAACCAUCGUGUAUGCCAGCUUGUGUUGCUCAAAUCAAGUAAAAAGCAAAGUGUACAGUUGGAAAAGUCAGAUCAAAAGAUCCCCCAAGCUGAUUGUAGUAGUGCUGGGAAAGAAGAAAACAGUCCAAAAGCCCCUGCAGAUGCUCGAGUAAAACCCAGUCCCAUUUGGGAGUAAAUGAGGGUGAAGGCGGGACUUUGGGUUGGGAAGUCCUGCCCUAAUUAUCUCUGCAGCCCAGAGAGCGCUGUGUCAGCACAUGGUCAGUGUGAUUGUGCCAGACGCCUUUGCCGGAGUGUCUUAGCAGCACCAAGCAGGUAUUAAAAGCCUCAAGUACAGCAUGAACAAAUAUCUGCAAUAUUUAUUAACCACGGGGAGCUCAGCAGCCACUGCUCCUUAGCACCUCUGUUACAUCUGGAAGCAAAGUAGUUGUCAUCCAUGUCCCCCAUGUGUGCAAGAGCUUGACUCCUCUUCCAAAACCCGCAACCAAUACCUGUCACACGUUCAGGCUUUUCUGUAUUUAAAGCAUCUGAAAUACGUGUUCUGGUAGGUGCUUGGAAAAAAAAAGGACAUCUUUUUCUCCAGAAUGAUUCACUGUGAAGUAAGUUUGAACAUCAAACAGAGCGAGGCUAUGAUCCCUACAACCCCGAGCUGCCCAGGCCCUCGCUGGAGCUGGAGGAUGGUGCUCUGGCUGACAUGACAGAUGUGACACCCGGUAUUCUGGAGCUGGAGCUGGUCAACAAAGCCAUUGAGGCCGUCAAAAACGAAGUGGAGAGAGAGCAGAAGAAGUAUGAGGAGCUGCUAGAAACGACAAAGGAAUUGAGUGCUUCAGAGGCCGCCUCGCUCAUUUCAAAUACACCUGUGUCAGCUGGUGGGACACAGAAUGAUUCAUUUACCUCCUUAGAGUAUAAUCCAGGUAGCUACAACUUUAAUAAUAACUCGGACUACAACCCUACUCCUCUCGCUGCUGCUAGCUGGUCAAGUAAAUACACUUUGGAUGCUUCUCGGUCUAAAGGGAGCUCACUGGAAUAUGUUCCCAAGGCUGUAAUACAGAAUAAAAAAUACAGUAGCACUGUCACUAACAGUAAAUAUGUGAUUGAUGACUCGAAGCCUUCUACAGACUUGGAAUAUGACCCACUUUCAAAUUAUUCAGCGAGGCUUUUGAGCAAAGCUACGACAAAGGACCCAAAGGCAUCCAAAAGGGGUAGGGUGCCCAGUUAUGAGGAGUCUUACUCUCCUUCACGAAAGAGGCUCUGUGAAGAACUUGAUGAUGAUGAAGUGUGUGCCAGGUUCUCUUCCUCUGAUGAUGAGGCUGAUGUGGAAUAUAAGACAACUUCUGUUAGUUCCCAGUCAAAAGCUGGUUCUGAAAGUGAGUCAAAUGACGGAUUAUCCCACAAAGAGCAGAGCACCAAAGCGGAUGACUUCGCUUCCCACGAUAGCAAAGAAGCAGCAGUGCAGCAUGGCAUGGAAGACCUCCCAAGUUCACAGAAGAACCUUGCUAAAAACUUAUCAGACAAGAGUGCAAAAGCAGGGAAAUUGUGUGCUGGUAAGAACGGCCAGGAGAUUGAGCAUAAAAGCAAAGACUCAAAAGACAAAACAAAAAGGAAGAAAUCAGAUGUUAGUAAAACACCUGGACUAAAUGAGUUUGGUAAGAAGGAGAAAAGUAAAAGUACAGAAAAAGACAAGGUGCUCAAAAAAGAAGAAAAAUUAAAACCCAAGAAUGAGGAGAAAAACUGCAAAGAGAAAAGUGUCAAAGGGAAAACCGAUGAGAGUUUAAAGAAACCUGAAAAACACAAGUUGGAAAAAGCAGAUGGACUUAAGAAAGAAAAAUCCAAGUCGGGUAGCAGUAGUUCAGGGAAAAGCAAGAGUGAAGGUGGCAACAAAGGCUCUAGCACAGAGAAGCUGGGAAGCAGCAAGAAAGACUCCAAGCUGAAAACAGCUGAUGUGAAAAAUGGUAAAGAAACCUCUGGUCAUAAAAACAAAGAGAAAGGGACCAAGGCUCCAGCACUGGAGCGGAAGAAAGAAAAGGUCAGUUCUGUAGGAAAAGGAGAUCCAAAGAAGGGUCGGAAGCAGCAGAGUUUGAGUCACGUUGACCUGUUUGGUGAUGAGAGUGGAGAUGAUGAUGACAAAGGCUGGCCUUUGCCAUCCACGUUAGUUGACAUGAGCUCGGACUCGGAUGGUGGUGACUGUGGUUCAGACUCGGAGAGUGAAAACAAAGGGACAAAGAAAGUGAAACGCUCUAAGUUGUCAAAGUCGUCAUCAUCUUCCUCAACAUCUGAUGACAUUGAUUAUUCCAUGCUUGAGAAGGACUUGGACUUUGAGUCAGAUCCAAUGGAAGAGUGUCUCAGGAUUUUUAAUGAAUCGACAGAUGUGAAAACUGAAGACAAGGGAAGGCUGGGGAAACAGCCAUCCAAAGAGGAAGGAAAUGAAGAAAAGGCAGAAGACAAUUUAACUACCUUGUUUCCUGGCCAGAAAAGAAGAAUCUCUCAUCUUGUCAAACAAGGAAAUGCCGAGGUCCCGAGCAAGCCCGUAAUCCGGCCGUACCGUCCCCCCACCGCUCAGGAAGUGUGUUACCAGAGGAUCCAGCUGGCUCAGCAGCAGGCAGCACAGCUGGCUGUGGCUGUGCAAAAGGCCUCUCUUUCCUUGCCAGGAGAAAAGAGGAGGAUUGCUCAUGUGCCAAACGUAGCCCUCCCCGCAGCGGCCAAACAAAGCCUUGUGAGUAGUAAGACGUCUGCUGCUGGGAGGAGUGUCACACCUUCCAAUGACUCUGAAGCACCCACCCUUUCUCUGAAGGCUUGCACCUUAGCUGGGAUGGCUUCAAAGACCACCAGCACCAUCAUGCCGAAAAGGAUAGCACAUGUUCCCUCCUUACAGAGCACCAGCUUACAGAGGCCUGUUAUUCCCACAGAAUUUGGUGCUAAAGUCCCAACAAACAUUCGUCAAAGAUAUCUGAAUCUCUUCAUUGAUGAGUGCCUGAAAUUCUGCUCCUCCUCCCAGGAAGCAUUUGACAAGGCCCUGUCAGAAGAGAAGGUGGCUUAUGAACGUAGCACCAGUCGCAACAUCUACCUGAAUGUGGCAGUGAACACCUUAAAGAAGCUCCGAAGCCUGGUGCCCAAUUCCCCUACCAGUACGAACAAGACAAGUAACAAGAAAGUGGUGUCCCAUGAAGCUGUGCUGGGAGGGAAGCUUGCUGCUAAGACAAGCUUUACUCUAAACCGGUCAGGGAGCUUGAGAGCAGAGGAUUUAACAGGGGCUGCCUUGUACCGGCGACUGAAGGAGUAUCUCAUGACUGAAGAGCAGCUAAAGGAAAACGGUUACCCAAUGCCUCACCCAGAGAAGCCUGGCCGUGCUGUCCUCUUCACUGCAGACGAGAAGAAAACGACUGACUCCUCCUGCAGGAUUUGUUGUCGCUGUGGCACCGAGUACAUGGUCUCAGCCUCUGGAACCUGCAUUCGCAAAGAGGAGUGUGUCCAUCACUGGGGAAGGCUACGCAAGCAGAGAGUGCCAGGUGGAUGGGAAACUCAUUACAGCUGCUGCUCAGGAGCUGUGGGUUCACCAGGCUGCCAGGUUGCUAAACAACACGUGCAUGAUGGGCGGAAGGAGAGCCUUGACGGCUUUGUGAAGACUUUUGAGAAGUUGCCUACAACUGAUGGCUACCCUGGAAUCUACGCAUUAGACUGUGAAAUGUGCUACACGAAGCAAGGACUGGAGCUGACAAGAGUAACGGUGAUCAACUCUGACCUGAAAGUGGUAUAUGACACCUUUGUCAAACCAGACACCAAGGUGGUGGACUACAACACCAGAUUCUCAGGUGUGACAGAGGAGGACCUGGAGAACACUAGCAUUACCCUGCGGGAUGUCCAAGCCGUCCUACUGAACAUGUUCAGUGCAGAUACCAUUUUGAUAGGGCACAGCUUGGAAAGUGACUUAUUUGCACUAAAGCUCAUCCAUGGCACAGUGGUGGAUACCGCCAUCGUCUUUCCCCACCGCCUGGGUUUGCCUUACAAACGGGCUCUCCGGACACUGAUGGCAGACUACCUCAAGCGCAUCAUCCAGGACAAUGUGGAAGGGCAUGACUCCAGUGAAGAUGCCAGAGCUUGCAUGGAGCUGAUGGUCUGGAAGAUCAAAGAAGAUGCUAAAGUGAAACGAUGACUUGCGCUUUCUCUCUCUCCUGUUCCUCCUCCACCUCUUUGAAGCAGUGCAAUAAAUACUCAGAGUAACACUGUCCACCUGUACGCAGCAGCAUGCUACCCCAGGCUCCCCGUGCACUCCCAGGUACCUACGGGACUUAAGGACUGCUGCUGGCACUGCUGAAUGGCACCAGCUCACUGCUUGCAGGUCCCUCUGUCCAGAUAGUGGCUAUCAGAUCCUCUUUACUCCACCUGAGGGAUACUCUGUGAUACAAUUGCCUUGUAGGCAAGGCAAGGUGGUUUUGAGUAGCACAACCAGAGAAAGAACUUCUUGGUUCCUAGGAGAAGCUUUUAGAGGUAGGACAGAUAUGUGCAGAAGGAUCUUUUUGGUUCAGUUAAAGGUAGAUCUUUUUCCUUUUCUUUCAAAUGUAACAUAAAUUGCCUCUGUGCUCUAAAGCUGGUGGAUUCCCACAGUGUUUGGAGAUGGGGGAUAUGCAAGAAGGUUGGGCAGGAAGCUGUAAAGUGAAUGGAUUGCAUAGUUUGUGUGUGAAAGGCAAGCAAGGGGUGGCGAGAGCUGAGGAUCAAGCCGUGUGGGAGGAGAUCCUAGCAGCAGUCGCACUGUGGAGGAGAAAGCCAGAGCUGCAGGCGAUGGAGGUUGUCUCUGAGAGCAUGUGGUGAGAGCAGCAGGUCAGAGAGGAAUGAGAUGGGUCAAGGGGAAUUACUGCCUGCUGCAACCCAGGUGAUCUCUUCCAUGUGGGUUGGUGUCCUGGUGCUGCAGUUGCUACAGAAGGGGCAAACCACCAGUGUCAGCCCUUGCUCAGAGCUCAGGGAGCUGUGUGUGUGGUAGUGAGGCAAGGGACAGCGGGGCUGGGACAAACUGGGCUCCCAGAGCCAAGCAGCAACUUGCAGCCUUCCGGGGGAGGACAGUGGGAAGAGCAGGCAUUUGUAGGUUAGAACCACAGAAUCAGCUAGGUUGGAAAAGACCUUUAAGAUCAUCAAGUCCAACCUGAACUUCCAGCAUGCCUCCAGUGAGCUUGGCUGUAGGGAUCAAGGUUUUUGGGAGGACCUAGGUGUACCUGAGAUUGCACCUAAGGGUGGCCCUUUGCAGUCUGCAGGACUUCCCACCAGUCUGUCCCUGAGAGCAGGAACUUGGUGCAGGCAAGAGCAAAAGCAAUAGGUAAAAAUUAAUCUUCUAAACCAGUUUACAUGUUGGUUGUUUUGAGAAGAUACUGUCUGUCUGACCCCUUGGACGAAAGCAACUGGCCAGAGUGUGUCUCCAUCGCACUUGUGGCGGCUGGGGCAGGAGCACGGGCACACUGGUGGCUCUGCUGGGCUCUGGUUGGGAGAACAGGGGAGCUGCUUGAAGUGGUCCCUGAUAGAUGUGGGUUUUUAGUUGAGGUCCAGGCAUCAGCUUAGUCCCGUUCUUAGCGCAGCGACUACCUCAGCUGGGACUUUCACCGCUUCCCAGGGGUGGCUGCUGAUGGCCCUGGCACGGGCGGGCUGCAUGGCUCCGGUGGCAGCGUGCAUGGGAGCUGCUGGGCUUUGCUUCCUCUGGGAGCUGGGGCGCGGGAGCUGCUGGGCUUUGGUUCCUGUCGGAGCUGGGGCGCGGGAGCUGCUGGGCUUUGGUUCCUGUGGGAGCUGGGUCUGGCUCACUCCUCUGUACCCACUAGCAGUGCUGGGUUGGAGUUUGGGGAUGUGCUGUGUCCCCCCCAGCAUAUCCUGUGACCUGUGCCACCUCUGUGCCCAGUGUGGUGGUGGGGAGCAGCGCGGGGCCGGGGGGUGCUCUCCCCAUCCCACUGCUGUCCUCAGAGGCGAGGAUGUGGCUUCCAGGGCCUGACCUCUGCCCAGGCUCUCCUGAAGCCACCAGCAGCAGUGGGGACUAUACAAGCCCCUGUUAUUGCUGUGUUGCUUCUGGCAGGCAGUGGCACAGGCUCCCAGCCUGUUUGUUAUCCCAACUUUCAGGCUGUGCAGCUCCCUGCCACUCCCCCAGUGCUCCGUAGGGCACAUCACAUAGAAUGUGGUCGCAUCCAGCUCUCCUUUGCCAAGCGUUACAGCUGCCUCCUUCCCUGCUGUGGGGCUUCCAUGUGAAGCAGCCUUGGGACACUUUGUCUGGUCCCCCUCUCCCAUUGCCUGCGGGGAACAAUCUCCUCCUGUCCAGGCUGCAGGAGAAAUGGAAAGUUCAGGGCUUCCUAUCCAGGCAGGGAAGGUUUGUUCCCACUUCUGCGCCUUUUCCUUCUUCAUCCCUCUGUCUUCCCCCUUGGCUGCAGCGUACCUGGAGCAGCGCAUCCAUCUACCCUGCAGCCACGUUAGAUCUCAGAGCUGGCUCUUGCCUCGCGGUUCCCCCGUUACUUGACGGGCAGUCCCAGCUUCCGGCCCUCUCCCACAUCUGCCUUCCCUGGAAGAGCCAGCACGUUUCUGACACGGACCUGCUGUGCUGGUGUCCUGCUUGGGGAGCUGGUUGCUUGGCUGGAUCCCACCACCUGGCCUUGGGAAGGCAGAGCAUUGCUGCAGGGUGCGUUUCUCUAGGAACGAGUCCUGCCAGGCCAGGGGACCUCACUCAUUCCCUUCUCUUUCCCCACGGUUCACUUGGGACCCCCUAAAAUGAGGCUUCUGCUUCCACCCGCGCUGUCGCUGUGGGUCCGAGCAAGUGUUGGACCCCCGUAACACUGUAAAACCAGAGGCUUGCGGUUGGUAAGAGGGUUUUGGAUUGUACAGAACUGUUGUAACCUGUAACUUUUUGUAAUUGUUUUUAAUAAAAGCGUGUUGACUAAA